AUGAGCUCGUUGCUACAAGGGCUGAAGUUUGUGCGGCGCUCGGAGGGCGACGAUAGAAAACACAAGAGGAAGGAGAAGAAGAAAGAGAAGAAGCAUAAGAAGGAAUACAAGAACAGAUGUAAAGACAAAGUUAGCAGCGAAAAAGUCGAAGAAACGAAGGAGGACGACGAACGUUUCGAAGAGAAGAAGACGAUUUUACCACGAGAUGAGUGGAUGACUAUGUCCUACUUAGAGGCAGAAGCAGACCCUAUUGCAACCAUUAAGACAGCUGAAGAAUUAGACAAUGAAGCCAAACAGAUGAAGAUCCAGGAAGAGAUUGACGCCGGGAUGAGAGAACCGGUGACAGGAAUGGUCUAUGGACUCUAUGACCCAAAGAAUCCGCAUGCUGCUCCGACAAUUUCUAGUAAAAUAGUACGAGGAGAAGUUAAAGAUAUAGAGAUGAAAGGAGAGGAAGAAGAAAUGCCGUUAUUCGGUGAUGGAGGAGCCAGUUGGCGAGCAAAAAUGUUAAAACGAGCGCACGAUCGGGCGCGAUCGUCAGGUGUCGCGUUGGAAAAAGUUGUGAACGAGAGAUUUAGGUCGGUGAGUGCAUUGAAGGAGGAGGCAAAGGGAUCGGCGAGGGAGAAUGCUCAUCUUCAGUACAAACGACAUCAGAUUGAUGACGAAGAUGAGGUAAGGAUGACACGAAAGCGACAAACUUUGGAAAUUGGACGAGAUGCAAAGGACAAAGCACUGUUGUCAAACUACUCGAUGCGAGUACAACGAUCUGUGGCGCACAACGUGGAGGGUGAUAGCAAACGUGAGGAGAGUCGGCGUCAAACGAAUCGAAGCGCUAACCGGGAGGAGGAUGGUCCAAUCGAUUACGACAAGUUGCCUGAUUUCGAGAACCGCGGCACUGGAGCUAAUGCUUUCCGACUUGUGUGUCCUCGUAGUCGCACCCGCGAUUACGAUAAAAAAGCUAUUCGAAAACGUGAGUUUUGCCAUCAAAAGCGUGGUCGCAGCCGUAGUCGUAGCAGGGGACGAUCUGAUGGUGUUAAACGCCCACGAUCGGAAAAACGAUCUGGCUCUAGAUCUCGACAUCGUUCCUGUUCGCCAUUCAAUCAUGACUUAGACUUGUCGGACAAAAGUGGCUGUGACGGACAGAACCAAAAUGAUUCGUCAAAGUUUGAGACGCGCGCAACGCUAACCUCAGCUGCAAUCACCGAGCACAAAAAAACGGCACAUUCUCGUGCCGAGGAUGAAGGAAAUGCUGAGAAAGUUGAGAUGAAAAAACGCAGUGCAUUUUUGUAUGGCAACAAGAAGACUGACGCAUCCACAAUACCAGAGGCAUCGAAUGCUUCACCCUCGCUCUUGCCUGAUCAGACGUCAUUUGAAAAUGAGACCGCUAGGGUACCAGUUUCGCCUAGACGAACUACUGUAUCUGCUUUUUUUGCGAAUGACAGUGCUAACGAAGAGGACGAAAAGGCCGUGCUCAACAAGUUGGCAGCUAAAGCUUUGCGAGCUCAAAUGAUGGGCAAGCCAGCUCUUUUUCGAAAGUUGACAGAACAGCUCAACGAAUUGGAGGCUAAGUUAGAACGAGAGAAGACUGCUGCUGCAAUUCCACACUUCAAGGCCGUCAUUGGUGCGUUGCCGCCGCUUGAAAAAGAGGACAUGCGCUAUGGGUCGCGUAAGGGCAAAAAAAAGCUUGCAGAUCCCAUGAUUAGUACGGACGUGGCAGCAUCAUUGGAGGAGCUUGUACGAGAGGAGCGUCUGUCUAGUGCACAUGUCGGACAUGAGAACAUGGAUGCUGUUCAUGCACGGAAUAUUGUUCGGCUUGGCUCGCGUUACAAGGGGACUGCAAUGAAUGCCCAAAACUUUCCCAGCGGAUUUGAUGAAGAGGGUCAAGUGGACAUGAAGAUGUUGCAACAACCUGGUUCGAACUUGACUCGACGUGCUCAAGUUCAGCGCGAGCACGCAAUUGCUGUGAAAGAGACCAAGUGGUGGGAUGAGCGGACUCAAAAAUGUCAGCUGUGCAUGAAGAGUCCAGCUUUCAAGAAACACUUGACGCUGUCUUUGGGCGAGUUCACUUAUCUAGCCGUGCCAAAUCGACCUCGAUUGCACCCCCGACACUGUUUGAUUGUGCCAAUUGAUCACACUUGCUCUGCUGUUCAAGCGGAUGAGCAGGUAAGGGAAGAAAUUACUUGUUUUCAGGGUGCACUUGCCAGUAUGUGCGAGAAGAAUUACGGUGCAAGUAUGCUGUUUAUCGAGCAAACAAGUGCACCUAAUCGAAAGCGACACACAAUGAUUGAGUGCAUUCCUGUCGACUCACAGUUGGCGCUGGAUAUACCGCUUUACUUCAAGCAAGAGCUGAUGCAGGCCACUGGCGAAUGGGACAUGCAUAAACCAAUCAUUGACACCAGCAAAGGCGGCAUCACGAGUCAAGUUCCACAAACGUUCUCAUACUUUCACAUCGGGUGGCGUACUCGUGAAGGACGAGGAGGAUAUGCUCACGUGAUCGAGGAUGAAAACACAUUUCCGCGAGAUUUUGGCGUGAAUGUCGUGGCAGGUAUGCUUGAUGUGACACUACCUAAGUACGGACGUCACAAUGGUGGUAAUCGUCGCUCACUCGACGACGACAAGCACGACGUUUUGGCGUUUCUCAAGGACUGGGAGCCGUUCGAUUGGACGCGAGAUCUUGAUGGUGGAGACUUCAAGUCACAAGCCCGAGACAAAUAG